AUGGUUGGCGAUCAACAGUCAAACCCGAGUCGAGCUUCAUCUCAAACAGCCAAACGUUCUUACAACUAUGAUGCAGUCAUGCGAUUAAACAACUUGGAAAAUUGUUUAAUUGACAUGCAAAAGUCGCGGGACGAAGUGAUGACAAACAUUGAACAGAUCUUGGAACGGGAAAAGAUAAAGUUCGUUCUGGCAAGUCAAAAAGAGAAAAGUUCGAAUUUAUUACGUCUGUCUCGAUACCAGGCUGAAAUUGUGGACCAGAGGAAAGCACUUGACGAAGAUCGCCAACGCAUAAAUUCUUUACGAGAAAAUAUUCUUUCCCGCCGUGCCGCUCUGGAAGAUGCAAAAAAUCGUUUUCACGCGGAUAGCAAAUCUUUGGAGGAAAGCCAAAAGAUAUUGGAACGAGAUCGGGUUGAUGUUCAUAGCGAAGCACUCUACGUGACAACAUCCAAUCUUUAUGCUCGUCGAAAGGAACUUGUUGCUGACUUACUCACCAUAUACCCCAUUGAGCAAAUACAAUCAGAAUCAUUCUCCUUCACGAUCCUUGGUGUGCCGUUGCCUAAUUCGGUGUUCACCGGAUGUGAUGAAGAACAAGUGGCUACGGCGCUUGGUUUUACAUGCCAUCUUAUCAAAAUGCUUGCUUAUUAUCUCGGUGUUCCCUUAAGGUUUCCGAUGACACCAAUGUCUUCUAGAUCGACGAUACAUGAUCCGAUAUCAGCUUCGCUGACAGCCUCGAAACAAAUAUGUGACACACAGAGUUCAUCCAGAUGGCUUCUUAACCGGAUUACAUUGAACUAUUGCGCGCGAGAUGGAGGUUUUACUAACAAUAAACUUGGAGCUCUAUUCCCUUUGUAUUCCAAAGGGGUUGAUCGCUAUCGAUUUGAAUAUGCUGUAUUUUUGCUCAAUAAAAACAUUGAACAGCUGAUGAAUUCACAAGGCUUACUGGUGAUGGACUUGAGGCACACCUUACCAAACUUGAAGUAUCUCAUCCUCAGUUUGGUUUCAACGUCGCCCAGCCAAACAUCGCAUUUACGCAAAUUCAUUCCUCACAACUGUACGAUACCUCAUUCUCUAAAUAAUGCAAUUCCGAGCACUAGCAAUGAAAGUUUACCCUAUGUUCAAGAUAAUUAUUCUGAUGAUAAUUUAACUACAUCCAUCCGAACCGACAGUCCAGGAAGAUCGCAGAGUGCGAUUGUAAAUUCAAAGAAAGCGGAUGAGUCUCAUCGCAAAGCGAAUCCCGGAUUUGAGGUUGGAGUCACAUAA